UACCCUGCACGUGGAAACGUCAAAGAAUUCGGCUCAUCCGGAAAAGUGGCCGAUCGAGAUAUUUGGAGCGAAUUUAUUGUGGCGCAAAAAACCAAACCAGCAGAAAAUUUUGUUGAUAUAUUGCAGUUCAUUGCAAAAUGGACACAAACACCAGCAUCGCUUUCUCUUUAGUCCUUCGCCCUGCGACGCAGCCCCGUAG